CGUGGUUUUAAAAAUUGUUCUUCUAAUUUUGUGAGCGACUUUAUCUUUCCGGCUUAUGAAUUGCUCAUACCAGUGAAAUUGACGUAGAUCGUACAUUGUUUACGUAGAUUGUAUCUUGUUUUGUUCAUUUAUCAUGGGAGACCUAAUAGAAAUAACAACAUGGCCCAAGCACCUAAAUGCAUUUUACAAGAUCACAAGUAAUGCCCUGGCUUUUGAAGUGAUGGCUAACGGCAAUGCUGCAAUCGGACUGUCAAGGAAACCAGCUAAUGACUGUGAAUUUUGGAUUGUUAUGGGAGAAAGGCAGCAAUGCUGGAUUAAGAAGCACGACAGCACUCGUAGAGAGGCAGCAAAUACUCCUGGAAUCCUCAGCGGGGAGGAAUAUCGCAAGUUUUGGUUAACUUGGGCCAACGGCUGUGUGCGCCUUGGCAGAGAUGGCUACUCUGAUGCCAUAGUCACAUGUGCAAAUGACAUUAAUGAUAUUAAGUAUAUCACAUUUUCGAUUGUAGAGCAGAGGAACCCUGUCCACUGGCGGUUUGAAAUACCACCACAAGCAGAGAAACUAAACCACCAGCCAAUAGCAGGAUGUGAUCUUCAGUGGGUUACAUACGAGCCGGAGCAGGAGCUUCCGGCAGAGCCUUUGGUGGGGGGCUUUGAGGGUGAAAGGCUGUACAUUGCUCGAGCAAAACACCGGGGCUCCCUGACGCCCGGGAAGUUCGUGUUUUCUGCUGGAAAAGCGUACGUGUCGUGGGGAGGACAAGCUAAUGAGAAACAGGAGUUUGAGGUCCUGUGUGGUUUUGACGGAGUCUGGAAACCAGCUGUAGAGGAUAAAAUACCCGUGGGAGCUUUCGUAGCCGGCCAUUCUGAAGACGCGCUAGAAAGACUCUACAUCGGCAGGGUAGAGCAUGAGGGACACCUCAUCCCUGGGAAAGUCCAACCGUCACAUCGAGUAUGUUACUUCCCCUACCAAGGCAGAGAGGUGGGCUCCAAGAAAUAUGAAGUUCUAGUCGUCCCAACUGAGAACGACAGAUGUGUUAAUAAAGUUUUCGUAACAGAUAGAUGUUGGCAACCUGAUGUGGAAGAUUAUGAUGUGGCAGAUUCAGAUAUAUCUAAUGAUACCGAUGAAGAGCCAUUUGCGGAGCGAGCUGAUCCUGACGUCCCAGUUUACAUGUUCUAAUACAUUUUAAUUAUCAUGUAUUAGAAUUAGAUCUUGCAUACCUAUCAAACUCAGGAAGCAAUUGUACCAAGGUGUAAAAAUGUUUGAUUAAGUAUACCUACAAUAUUAUAAGCAUGUACGAUUAAGAUUUAUUACGAAUCUUAA